CAUAUCAGUUUUUGAGGAGAGGCGGUGUCGUCACUCUGAUUUGUCCUCCCUGUUCUAUCUCUAGUUAGGACAUAGAAACGGGAGGAUGAAGCUCAUCUCCUCGACAUAGUUAGUAAUGAGAGGGAUGUUUGGCUGGUCAGUAAAUUGCUGGAGUUUGGAAGUCUAUUGGGGCUCACAUAUGGAGAGCACGAGGUUAAAGCAGAGAACUUCUUGAUGGAUAUUGGUAAGAGAUGGCUCGCAGUGGCCCGAAAGGUAAGUUGUUGUAAGGAAUACGGGACAACUUUUGCGAGAAAGGCGCAAGAGUUGCAGAGGUUGAAGCUAGGGCAACACACAUACCUGCAUAGGCAUAGGAGCUAGGGCAGAGGCUAGGGCCUGAUUCAUGGAUUUGGGCAUACAAAAAUGCUACACACACAACCAUUCCCACACAACAACUUACACAACCGCUGACGUCAGCUCAAAACGACGUCGUUUUGAUUUUAAAAAAAAAAAAAAACCCAGGUCGCGGAAUAACUUUCCCUUCUUCCCCUUUCUCACGAUCGACAUACAGAUUACAAACAGGAGAAGCCCCACCACCACCGGCGACCGCGCUUCCCACCUCCACCGGCGACCACGCUUUCCACCUCCACCACCAGAACCCAACCCCAGCGCUCCCCACCACCGGCGAACACCACCACCACCACCGGCUUCUGGGCAAUCCGACUUUGCCCGACCCCCAGCGCUCCCCACUGCCGGCGAACGCCACCACCACUGGCUUCUGAGCAGUCCGACUUUGCCCCACCACAAAGGUUAUGCUUGGAAGAUUGAGAGGGCAGCUUGAUUACAUAUGGCUGUUAACUUUGGAAUUUCAAAUCCGAGCCAGAGCAACCAUUGCUUAUUCCUACCCAAGAAGAGUUUUUGUUGGAAAAAGCUUGAAGAUGAUUCAUGAGUUUAAAUAGAGAGAUAUCGGCAUAGAGAUGACUCCGCUUGGAAGUUCAACAACUUCGAGAUGCCACAUGCCGUUGAAAGAGAUUGAAGCUAUUCAAGUGAAUCAAAGGCCAAGAAAAUGAUCAAUUGUUGUAAUUUGAAAUAUGAAAUUGUAAUUUGUUGGAAUAUCAAGUUGAAAUAUCAAGUUGUAGUUUUGUGAAACCCAACUUCGCUUGUAACCUAUUUGUGUGACUGUUGUUUUAUGGUUUUUGUUGGGAAUGGAUACUUUGGCAAUGGAUUGCAA